AUGCAUGCUCUUUUUACAGAGCAUGCAUCUAAACAUUAUCAUUAUUUACGCGAUACGAUGCCACAUUUAGUUCCUCGAUUACGACCAACCGUAACAAGUGGAUCAGAUUUUGGGAAAGAAGAUAAAAUUGACGAGGAAGCUGAACGUGGAAAAGAAUUUCUGGAAAAAGUAGUUACCGGUGUAGAAAAUGCGAGACCAGGUGGUAGAGUUCACACACAACUUUUAGAAGCUGCAGCUGUCGAUCUCGAUCGUUUAGCGGAGAUGGAUCAUCGUAUGGAAGGAGCUGCACGUUUCACUGCUUUGUAUAUAAGAUGUUUAUUACUUUUAAAAUCUAUAUUAAAAGAAUUUUCAAUAUUGUCAACGAAUUCAGUAUCUACAAGUCCAUUGCCAAAUACAACUACUAAUGUUUCAGUUCUUCUUCAAAAUACUCAAAAAUUGCAAAGAUUAUUUAGCGGAUUAAGUGAAAACGAAAUCAUAUUAGCCAAUGAUGUGUGGUUGAAAGCAUUGGCAGUAGAACUAAUUCGAGUAACAAGAAGUGUGACAGGGAGAAGUGCUCUUCCACUUGCACGCCACUUUUUGUCUGAAGCUGAUAUUCUACCUCAAGAUACGACAAAAUUACCGUCUUUUUCCAGAGCUCUUGUACUUCAAAUCCCAACCUUAGCUGAUGUGAAACCAGGAUCUUUAACACGAAUGCUUUUACCAUUAUUAUUAACGCCAGCAUUGCAAGGGGAAGAGCGUCUCCCAAGACCAUCAGUAUCUACUCGAUUCUGUAGAGCAAUUAUUGAAGAACCCAGAGGUGACGCAGAUGCGGCUUUGAAAUUUACAGGAGGACUUCUAUUAGGAAUUCCAUUGACAGCAAAAAUACUGAAUUUACGAGAUCCUAGUAUUUUACGCAUUAAAUUGAGGCAUCCUGAUCAACAAGUACAACUAUUGUUACCGCGUCAGUCGGAUUUGCGAUUGCAGAAUACAGAACAAAAUGACUACAGAUUGAGAACUACAGUUUUACUAUCACAUCAAGUUUGGAUGGAAGCCUGCAACGUAGAAAUAUCUCUUGCACUUCUUGUACCAUCUUCAGCAGUAUGUACGCAUUCCCCUCUUGAUGAUCCAUGUGUAAUAGAUCUUUGCAAACCGACUAAAGUAUCAAUUGCACCAAAACCUAUAAAACGAGGUAUCUAAAUAUAUUUUUAUAUUAGCAUUAUUUUAUAAAACUUUUUAUUGUAAAUAAAUUCUAUACAUAUAUAUAGAUUUUAUUUUUGUAUAACACAGAUGUCAGCAAUGUUUUAAUACUAAUGCUUGAUUUAUUUUAUAAAAAGUAAUUAUAAAUACAUGAUUUAAACAGACUGAGAGAACACAGAAAAUCUAUUUCUUUAAUAAAACAUAUCGUAACGAGUGAUUUAUUUAAUUUACAUAUUUGUUGACUACCGCCAAGUGGAGAAAGAACUUCCACUGUAACAAAAAAUACAUUAAACAUUUUUUACAUUAUGGAUCUAAAAAAUUAAAAAAAAAAUUUAAUUGCUAGCUUACCUAGUGAAUACUGGAGAUUUUGGUACGUCAGCACUUUUUUGUGCUAAACUACUGAAACUAAGUCCGCCUGAUUGA